AUGUUUUAUGCAGUCCAUGCUGAGAGCAAAAAGCCACUUCACAGGGAGUGUGGAUUCAUCAGGCUUCAGCCAGGUACCAACAGGGUGGCCUUCAUCAUUGCACAGAACUCAGGUCUUGUGGAGAUUGAGGAGGGGGAACUCACUGGACAGCAGCUGACUCUGCACAGUACUGCCCUGGCUAGAACAUCUUUUGCCAAGCAGCCUUAUGUUCAACAGAUCUCCAGGCACAUCCAGUUGAAGCCGGAUGGAAAGCUGGAACAGACGAUCUCUAUGGCACUGGAAGGACAGCCUCUGACGCAGCAUUUGCACAUCACUUACCGCAGGACUGAUUAACUGGCUGUCAUGUGGGAGGAAGAUGUGUUUGUGAAAAGCACUUGUACUAAUGUACUCAUCUGACACAAAAUAUUGAUGGUUUAUAUAUAGUAACCUGUGGGUGAUGGUAAUAUAUCUGUGAGUAAGAAUGUUAUCUAAAGUAAUAGAUGUGAUCUGACCUGUCUUCCCAACAAAACAAGCUUUACAAAUAUCGUUACAAUAUAUAAAGGGGUCGUUUUGUAUAAUGUAGAGCAACUACAAUAAAAAUAUGAAAUUGUCUUUUCAAA